UUCAACGAGAAGCAAAUCGAGGAUAAGGGGAAGGCCGACAGCGUGUCGAAAACGAUCGUCAGCUUUCAUGCACUGUGGAUGCUGAUACAAUGCGCCGCGAGGUGGUAUCAUCACCUACCCGUCACCCUGGCGGAAAUCCAUGUGGUUAUACAUAUCUUCUAUGCCGGCGCGAUGUACGCCUGUUGGGGGUAUAAACCCAUGGAUGUUGCGCAGCCGAUUCCGAUUCCGAUGGACGACACGCUUUGGCAAACACUGUUUGACGUUGUUCCGGGAAAUGAAUAUUCCCGCAACAUGCCAUUGAUCAUUGAAAGUGCCAAGUCCAACUACGUCAACAUGUUAUACCGGGUGUCCCAUCGUGUCUUCAAUAACUUCAUCUACAACCGGGGCCACCGAUCGGAGCUCUACGGCAUGAGUCUGAGCGCACUCAACGGGAGCCUCCACUUGCUAGUAUGGAACUCCCACUUUGCCACGAUCACAGAGGCACUCCUCUGGAAGCUCUCGUGCUUCGGACUCAUCGUGUGCCCCGUGCUCACGUGGCUGGUAUCGCUAGAGGAUAGCUUCACCGAAGCUGUCGUCCACGCGGCAUGGAAACUGCGCUUUGCCGGCGAAGCGAAGAUGACGCCUGGGGCUGCCGUGCGAAACAUACGCACAGCGAGGUAUACCGCGGCAUGGAUGGUAGGCAACAACGCUGCCAUCAGGAAUGGACGUGCGCCAGUCGAUGCGGACGUGAGCAAAAGCCCUGGUUGGAGAUGGGUUCUCGCGGUCGAUGCUACGUGGCACUUCGGUUUUGUCUACUCAUUGUCCAUGCUGUAUCUUGCGGUCGAGGCAUUCUUGAGCAUUAGGAGUCUGCCUGCUGGGUCGUAUGAUCUUCCCAACUGGGCGCAGUCGGUUCCCCAUAUAUAA